AUGGCUCCUUCGCCAGCUCCUCACGACCGAACAAGCUUCGGCGGCUCUCCGCCAGCAGUCACAUCCUCGAAUGCCUCGGCCCCCGCCCCUGCAUCCGUCUCUCCAUCUGCGCAGCGAACUGCCAUCUCGGCAACCCCCAGUGCGCCCGCACCACCUGCACCUCAGCAACACUCCAACCGGUCUGGCAGUGGCAGCCCUAAGGGUCAGGCUCAGGGAGCCGCAAAGUCCUCUCCUCCCAGCGCAUCUCGGACAGGUGGAGGCCCACCCAGGAUCAUCGUCAAGAAGGAGCCCGGCUCCCCCGACCUCGCAACAGCCCGCCACCGCCCUCGCAGACUCGAUUUGUCCCGGGGUGUGAACGUUGGCUCCGGCGCUGCGACUGCCCGGCCGCUUACGUCCCGAGAGAGCGGUGGAUUAGGUAUUCAGGAGAUGGGGCUGGCAUGUCUGUCCCCCGGUUUUGUCACCCAAGAUCCUGUCAUGAAGGAGCAAGUGCAACGGAGUUUGUCUGUCCGCGAGCAGCAGAGACACCUCAUCGAGGCACGACUGCAGCAGCAGUCGGCAAAGGGAGAUGGUCCGACAGACAAGGACAAGGAGCCACCGAGCGGAUUCGCAGCCAAGACACCGGGCAUGUCGCGCAGGAACAAGGCCCCACCAGGACUGUCCAUUGUCGCACCAUCGCACGAGAACUUCGCCAACGAGAGGGUCAUCCAAUCAGCGCCCCUCGGUCAGACAUUUACUGGCAUGAACAACCCGCAUCCUCUCACCCGCCACAUCGAGAACCGCCCCUCCAAGCUCUCGAACACAUCACACAUCCACCACGUGCCUGCCACGCAAACAAACAACAGACUACCGCCCAUCUCCGACGUCUUCGGGCACAACCUCCAUUCGGGUCACCCAGAGUCCACCGGACAUGCCAUGUACGCGCAGCACCAGAACGGCCCUCAGCCAGCUCGCUCGCCCGGCCACACCCACCAACCCCACCCUCCACCCACUGCUACCAGGCCGAGGGAGUACAAGUCGGCUGAGGAAGCUCAGCACGAGCUUGCUGGAGGACGUCCCGAGCUCCUGCCAAAGUUAGUCCACUACGGCGGCCACCAGCCACCAACCCCGCCAUCGCCCCUGCCAGGCGCGCAUAGAGUUGACGCCAGCCGAAGCACCAGCACCACGAAGCGACGCCGCGACGAGUACGAGGCUGGCGUCUCGCCCCCGCUGGGCAACGGCCGGCCAUCGGUCCGACGAGGUCCCUUCGGAGAGGGACGGGAUAGCCCCGACACACAGCGUGCCAAGAGGGAAGAGUUCCUGCGGAUCUGCGAGAGGGCUUGGGAUCUCUUCCACUCCUGA